UUAUUGUAUUGUAUAGUAAUUUGAAGUGGAAACUAAGUAAAGAAACUAUAAACAGAUUGUCUGAAUCCACUCCACUUUAAUAUGAACAAUUUGCACACCACAAAACAAUAUAUUACUCCAUACCACCCAUUUUUUGAUCCUUUCUAGCAAACAUCAAAGCAUCCACAAGUAAGUCAGUAAGGAAAUAUGGAAGAGAAGGAUGAGAUAGCGAAGGAUGUCACAGAAGUAGUUCCCUUGCUGACAUCUUUCUUGCUUAUUGGAAACACCCCUAUGGUAUAUCUCAACAAAAUCUUUGAAGGUUCUGCUGCCCAAAUUGCAGCCAAAUUGGAGACAAUGGAACCAUGCUCGAGUGUCAAAGACAGGAUAGCAUACAGUAUGAUCAAAGAUGCAGAAGAUAAAGGCCUAAUUACCCCUGGAAAGUCUGUCCUCCUUGAGGUAACCAGUGGCAAUACCGGCAUUGGUCUUGCAUUUAUAGCUGCAGCUCGUGGCUACAAACUCGUGAUACUGAUGCCAUCAUCAUAUAGUCUUGAGAGAAGGAUUGUUCUUAAAGCUUUAGGGGCUGAGUUAUACAUCAUAGAUCAAGCCAAAGGUUUAGAUGGUAUGCUUCAGAAGGCCCAAGAGAUUCUAGAUAGGACGCCAAACAGUCAUUUUUUUCGUCAGUUUGACAAUCCUGCCAAUCCACAGAUCCACUAUGAAACAACUGGACCAGAAAUAUGGAAAAGCACAGAAGGAAAAGUUGAUAUUUUUAUUGCAGGGAUUGGGACUGGAGGCACUGUGACUGGAGCAGGAAGGUUCCUUAAGGAGAAGAAGCCAGAAAUAAAGGUAUAUGGUAUAGAACCAGCUGAAAAUGCAAUUCUAAAUGGAGGACAACUUGGGCCACACAAAAUCCAAGGAAUUGGUGCUGGUUUUAUCCCGCCUGUGCUCGAUCUCAGCAUCCUGGAUGGAGUUCUUCAAGUAUCUAGUGAUGAAGCUAUUGAAAUGACAAAGCUUCUUGCUUUGAAAGAAGGUCUGCUGGUAGGAAUAUCAUCAGGGGCUGCAGCUGCUGCAGCAGUACAAGUAGCAAAAAAGCCUGAAAAUGCUGGGAAACUUAUUGCGGUCAUCUUCCCUAGUUUUGGUGAGCGUUAUCUUUCCACCGUGUUGUUUGAUUCUAUUCGAGAAGAGGUGGCAAACAUGACUUUUGAGUAACUUUAUGCUUCUUUGGACUGAGAGAUACCAAUUAUUUGUUGUAACUUGAGGUAGAAUAGGAAAGAAGCAUUCAAGUGUAACCUCCUAAAGGGGGGAACAAUUGUUCACAAUACAAAACAUUGUUUAUUUGAACAGCACUCAAGUGUAACCUCCUAAAUGGGGGAACUAUUGUUCACAAUACAAAACAUUGUUUAUUUGAACAGUGUAAUCGCCAUGUCUAUGCUCAUUGUUCUGA